AUGGCGCGGGAGCUGAGCCAGGAGGCUGUGCUGGACUUCCUCUGGGCGGCCGGGGGGCGAGCCCCCAACACGGCGCUGCUCCGCCACUUCCAGCGGUUCCUCCGCGACCCGGCGCUGACGGAGCAGCAGCGGCGGGAGCGCCGAGAGUACUUCAAGAGCCUUGUCAACUCCCUGGCCACCGUCCACCCCGCCGCCGCCCCCGGCGCCUCCAAGGACAUCGUCCUCCGCCGCAGGUACCGCGACCUCCUCGAUGAGGAGCUGCCGCCGCCGGAGGAACAGCGGGAGCAGGAGGAGGAAAAGAACGAGCCGCCGCCGCCGCCCCGGCGCGACCCCGACGGGCGGCGCGGCCCCCGCGGGGAGGCGGCGGAGCAGGGGCGGCCCCGGCGGGGCGGGGGCUGCUCCGCCCGGGGCCGCGGCGGGCCGUGCUGCGAGUGCCGCCGGGCGCGCCGCGCUGCCGCCGCCGCCGCCGUCCCCCCGCCCCCAUACCGGACCGAGCCGCCCCCGUACCGGACCCAGCCGCUGUCCUCGGGCCCCUGGGCGCUUCGCCCCGGCGGCACAGCGCGGCCCCGGCCCCCGGCGCUGCCGUCGGGUCCUGGGGCGCUGUCCCCCGCGGUGCCGCCCCGGUCCCGAUCGCCGCCGCUGCCUGCCGCCGGGCUGCCCUCUGCCACAGUGUCCCGGUCCCGGACGCCACCGCCGCCACCGGGCCCGGAGAUGCCGCCUCCCUACAGGUUGCCUCAGCCCCGAUCUUUGCCGCAGCCCGCGACCGGGAUGCCCUUGCUGAAGGCUCCACGGCCCUCAGCAAGCCCGGAGAGGCGAACCCCCGCCGGACCCAUCCCGUCCCCGCUGCUGUCAUCGGGCCCCAGGGCGCUGGCCCCGCGGGACCUGCCCCCUUCCCGAUCCUUGCCGUUGCUGUCCGCCCCGGAGGUGCUACCCCUGUCCCGCUCCCUGCAGGCACUCCCUGCCAGCCCUUCCUCAUCGCCAUUGCUUUUGUCAGGCCCCGAAGCGCUCGCUUCCACCAGGCUGCCCCCAUCGCAGUCCAGGUCCCUGCAGCAGCUCCCUACCAGGCCAUCCCCAGACCUGCCGAGGGGAUCCAGGGGGCUGACCCCCAAGGGACCAACCCAACCUCAAGUCCUGCGACUGCGCCCGUGUCAAAGCCUGACACUGCCGUCAGGUCCUGGGAUCCUGCCCCCCACCAGGUCCCCCCCCACCCCAAUCCCUGACACAGUCCGCCACUCUCCCUUCCCCAUCCCGCCCCCUUCCUUGCUGCCAGCACAGGGCCCCGCAGUGCCCCAAGCCGCAGAGAGCCAGCCCCCAGCACCGCUGCCUGUUUUCCAGAGCAUCAGGCGCCAGCUCGCUUUGUCGAAGGCGCAGGGCACCCCUUCCCCAGCGCACGAUGACUGUAGGCCACAGCCUCGCUCUGCGCUCGCCAAGAGCUCCCCUAGGAACGCCCCAAGCCGGGGGCCCCUGGUGCCGCUGGGACAGCGGGAGCACGCCUGGCUGGUGGCAAUGUCGGCAGGCUGCUGGGCUCAGGUGCGGGGCCUCUUUCUGGAAGAGCCUGAGCUGGCCCUGCAGAGGGACUUCAUAUCAGGCUUCACAGUCCUUCACUGGCUAGCCAAGCACGGCGACGGGCCGGGUCUGCAGGAGCUGGCAGCGGCGGCGCGGCAGCUCGGGCUGGCCCUGGACGUGGACGCCCGCUCGGGCUGCGGGUACACGCCGCUGCACCUGGCUGCCAUACACGGCCACCAGCUUGUCAUCAAGGUGCUGGUGCUGCAACUGGGGUGCCAGGUGCAGGUGCGGGACGGCAGCGGGCGCCGGCCCUGGGAAUACCUGGGCAGCUCCACCUCGGGGGAGAUCUGGCAGCUCCUGGAGGCACCCCGUGGCACAAUCAUGUUCCCCACGCAGCCCCUGGCCCGCAGCGCAUCCUCUGUCAGCAAGGUCUCGCCGUUCACCGGCAGGGCAGCGCUGCCUGCCUGCCUCAGGGUGCAGCUCGGCCGUGGGGCAGUGUCCGACCAAUCUGGCAGCGACAGCGACUGAGACAGCUCCCAGCCAGUGGAGAUGGGACCUUGGUGGCCACCCUGAGAGAGGAAGCCACGCAGGCACAACAAAAGCUGUGAAACAGACUGAACCUACUGGAGAAUGUACUUUUAAAUUAUUCCAAUGAACUGUUGUCUGAGUCUCUCUGCCCUCUCUCCCAUUUCUUGCUUUUCUACCAGCAAAAUGAUGCAGUAACUCUGCUGGAAGCAGGAAGAACCCUCGGGAGGCAAGUCCCCUGCAGCCCAUAGGGCCAGGACCAGCUGCUGUGUGCAGCCACGACCACCAGCAUUAGUGGGACCAUGGCUUUGGGGUGAGGCUCAAGUCUGGCCCCAAUCCAGGUAGAGCACUUGCUUUUGCUGACAGUGACAGAUUGUUGUUGGUCCCAGGGUUUGCAAAACAUUUGUU